AUGAGUUACAGUGCCACAAAUGGUAUCAGAUGGUUAUUCAAUCCACCAGCCAGCCCUUGGAUGGACGGAGUUUGGGAGCGACUCGUUGGUUCGGUUAAGCGAUGCUUGAGAAAAGAUGCACUGACUCACGACACAACCGAAGAAAUCGCAACUCGGCGUGCUCUGCCUCGUUCGGCAAAGACAAGGGCUUAUGAUGUCAUCAGAAACUUCGAAGAAAGCCUCGAGGAAACUCAGUCACAAUCAAGCACUAACGCCAAGCAAGGGUCACAAGUGUUGCCACCCGCACGGAACUCCAAAGUAGCCAAUGGAUCGAUAAAAACUGCGAUGCUACUUACUGUAAUGAUCGCUGCUCUGAUAUCUCCAUCCAGUGCCCAUCAUGCAACAUGUCGAGAAGGCGUAGUCGAUAUACGGGAACGGAACACCUCGUAUGAACUUUGUUUCAAUUCCGAGUGUAAAACAUUCCUCGGCUCCAAUGGGAUACACACUUACAAGCUACCGCCGUCACCCACGCAAUCGCACACCAAAGUUGCGAUAAAAUAUGUUGAAGAUGAAACACCCACCGACUAUGCCCUGAUGUGCUCAAAUCCUGACUUCUGUGCAGUAUCAAGAUCACUACUUAGCAUAUCAUUGCUAGGGAACCCAAACUGUUGGCCGGUUGGUGCUGUUAUAACCGUUGCCAUGAUCUUCUACGUAAUUAGUAUGCUGAUUCUCAUAUCACUGUGGGGAAUGUUAUCACUUAUCAGAAUCACCCGUAAGAGUCCUGCACCAUGCAAAAUGCAUACUCUAUCAAUGUACCUCGAGAAAAUGUCCAGCUACAUUCCUUGA